GCUUCCCUUCAUCGAGUCAGUCACAAACAGUGCGCAGCUCGGAGCGUGCGUUGCUCAUAUUUUUACGACAUUUCAAGAUAUCGACCGAAAAAUUCAAGAAAGACACUCGUUUUUCGGUAAAAUAUAACGCGAUAGAAAAAUCUAAAUUAAUUUGUAAUUUAAUCUUCCUUCUUUUUCCACACAUGUUUUCACAUGGUUACAUAAAUAGUGAAUCUUAUAUUAUUAUAAUCAUAUUUUGAGAAGAAAAAUUGAUAUGAUAUGUCAAAUUGUUUUAUCGUUGAUAAUAAAUUACCGAAGAAUAUAUAAACUGAAAGAAGUCAUAGAAACCUGAAAAACUAGACAAUCAUGGAAUAUUAUAUCUUCUCGUAUGAAUAUCUGGUAAGUAGAUAUCUUUCUUUUUCUUUUUUUUUUUUUUUUUUAAUAUCACUCAACGAAGUGUUUUACUUGUUGACAAUGAAAUUUCAUAUCAGUGUUAUUAUGCACCGCUAUAAAUAAUCGUUCAUCUGAAAUUUAAAGAAAAUAUCCAAGUGAUCAUUCGCAUUUAACGUUGGAUGUUAACUCAAUUGGAUGGAUUGUGUGGAGGGGUCAUCAAACCAUUAUUAAACAAUAGGUUUAAAAUGGCAUGGCGCAAUAUCGUAUUCUUUGUCCCUUUGUAAUUGAAGCACGCGUACCAUCUUUAAUGUACUUAUGUGUAUAUAUGUAUAUAAUUGUAUUUAGAAAUUUUAAAGUCACUAGAAUUCGUACUAUUGAAAAAUGAUUAUCUUAUUGUAGUGAUAAUGGUAUCACGUGAUUAGAAUGUUAAUCGUUUCUCUAUUUUUUUCUCGUUUAAUUAUAAAUAGAUUUCUUUCGAACAUCGGACUGGUAACUUCUCAAAAACUUUUUGCGUUAUUUCAUAUUAUCUUUUACAGCGUCUUGAAAAUCGUACAACGUAAUCGUACGAUUUAUGAUCAAUAUUUAAUUUCACGAUUUAUACAAACAAAAUUUAAAGUAUACGCGAUACGAUUCUCUAUUCGUUCUUUCGAAGAAAAUUUUCCCGAUUAUUCUAAAUAAAAAACUAAUUAAUUACUAAUUAAUCUUUAAUUAAUAUCUCACGAUUAAUCUAAAUUUUUAAUCUAAAUUUUAUCUAAUCAAAAGUCCAUCAACUAUCGACAUAUCAUUCGGUAAAAUACGAAAAGAUCAAAGAGGAAUAAGUCUGUCUUAGAUGAUCAACGAGAUGAUCUUUGUUUUCGUUAUAUAAAUACUUAUAUAAAUAAAUAAAUAAUUCCCUUUUCCGAUAAAACAAUAUUCAAUGCUUUUAAUAAUAAAAUAUGAUUUUACACACACACACACACACGAUCGUAACUCUUCAUAAAUUUAUUUAACGCACAACAAUAUAAAAAGCAACAACGAUCGAGCAUUUCAACAACGAACAGCAUCUCGAUUCGAUUUGUGCUCGCGGAACUUGUAAACAAUUUGCUUGUGCGCACAUGUGUGCGUGGGCGUACACGUUGAACACUUAUCCAACCUUAGAGCAGCGUAUCUUAUCAUUUGUCCAAUCCCGCCUUUGUAUUUCGGUCGACACGUUAAAGUUUGCAGUCUGCCACCGGCUUCAAGACGAGGCGAAGGAAACGAAAGCUGAACGGCAUCUCCUCCUGCAUGAUCCUUCCGUACAGGAGAAUUGCAACGUGGAUGUAGAAAAGGGACACUAAUCUCAUGAUCAUGAUCGAUAAGAUGUCACACGGUGAAACUGAUAGAGGAUGGGCGUGGAUAAUAGUCAUCGGUGUCACUAUCAUCAAUCUAGCUAUACUUCCGAUACAACAAACUUUCGGUCUAAUCUUUAGGGAACGUUUCUUUUCACUCGGUAUCACGGCCACACAAACGUCGUUAAUUGUUCAUCUGAAUGGUACGAUCACGUGCAGCCUGGGUCUGAUAAGCGGUCCAAUGAUGAAGAGAUUCACGUUCAGAAAAGUCGCGUUUCUCGGCGGUUUCAUUGUCAUCGUUGGAAUCUGUGCAGCUGCAUACGCAAUCUCCUUGCCCUCCAUUAUCAUCACUUAUUGCAUUAUCGUGGGUAUCGGGCACGGUAUCAUGUUUCCAGCCACGAAUCUCGCUAUGAACACGUAUUUUCGAAAGAAGAGGAACAUCGCCAUGGGAUUGUCGGUCACUUUAACCGGCCUUGGACCUAUCCUGAUGCCCUUUUUAAUCGCGAAAUUAUUGGAAAACUACGCGACCACCGGGACUCUUUUGAUCCUCUCUGGCAUAUCCAUGCACUCAUUGAUCGGGGCAUCACUUCUCAAACCAUUCAAAGAGAAACAAAUUGCAAGAAUAAACAGUAGCAACGACACCGACGCAGCGAAAGAAAUUAUCGUGAAGUUAAACGUGGAGAAUGGUAUCGAUCCCAAUCGUCGAUUAUUGGAAGAAGAAUCGGAACGAAAAGGGAACGUGUCGAGCGAACGACAGGGAAACGCGAACGUGGAAAACGCGAAACAGGAGAAAAAAUCAACUUGGGCAACGAUUACGGAACACAUGGAUCUUGCCCUUUUGAAGGAUGCCCGUUACGUAGCCGUUAUUUUAGGUAUGGGAGUAUCUUUAGUCGCGGAAACAAAUUUUAACACGAUGAUACCUUUCGUUCUUACCGAACUUUCUGGACUGGAAAGGACCUCGAUCGCCACCGUCAUGUCUAUCCAAGCGAUCUCGGACAUCACCGGACGUCUCUGCGUCCCACUUUUGGCGCAGAAGGCCGGUUGGACGUCAAGGAAUCUUUACGUGGUUUCCUUGAUAGGAUCCACCAUUGGAAGGACCAUAUUGUCAACUUGGGGAAAUACCUAUGUAGUGGUAAUAGCUGUCGCAUUAAUUAUUGGGAUCGCAAAAGGAACAAAAGCGGUCUUCCAAACGUUAAUAAUUCCCGAUUACGUGUCUCUUGAGAGACUACCAGCUGCAUACGGAAUGCAAAUGGUUUGCAAUGGAAUUUUAUCCAUUACUAUAGGUCCAUUUAUAGGUUUAGUGCAUGAUUGGAUGAUGAGCUACGUCGGUGCUCUACAUUUCACAUCAAUUUUGAGUCUUUCUUGCGUUGUUUUAUGGUAUAUAGGAGGACUUUGGAAAUUUCGCAAAGAUCCUACGAGAGAAGAAAUGACUGAAGCAUAGGCAAAAAACAUUUAUUGAUUUAAUAAAUCUAAUCUAAUUAUGGAUGAUUAUUUUUGUUCGAAAGAAGAGAUAAAGAAAUUGCAUGAUAUUAAUAACAAAUUUUUGAUUUUGUAUAUAAAUAAUUUCUAAAAAUAAUAAUUACGUAGAAUAAAUUACGAAAUUGCAAUAAUAUUAUAAGAAAUUAAAAGGAAAUUUUAUUUUCAUUAAAAAAUUUUAUAUAUAUACUUUAGCAAUCAAAUUCUUCUUGACCGAUUGUUUUGUAAUGUUAAAUACAAUUUUUGAAUAAUAAAAAAAAAUUUUAAUGUUUAAUGAUAUAUAUUUGUAUAAAAUAUACAUCUGUGUGAUAUAUCGCUAUAAUGUAUACAAAUGUAAGAUAAUUAUUCGACUUUUAAUUAAAUUGCUCGUUGCAAAGAACAACGAUCAUGUUUAAAAA